ACAAUCGGUGUAACAACUAUAGAUUUAAGAUUUCUUUGACUUUAUAUAGAGUUAAAAUCUGACUAUGUAAGAUUUUUGACACUCUCAAUUUAGAAUAUAUUUUAUGCUUUUAUCUUUCACAGUUACUGGCAGUCAGUAUGUUAGUCUGACAAUGCUAAAGCCACGGUAUGCAGACCAGCUUUGUCUGGUUCUGCUUUCUGUUUCAAUCAACAUUUUAGAUGUGGUUUGUCAAACCCCUGUUUCUGAGAACCCAUAUUUAGGAAGUGGUUCGAGUGAGUUGAGUCGUUAUGAUCCAGCUGCAGAUCCUCGGAGCAGUAGUUAUGAUCCAUCUCGCUCUGGAGCCAGAACAUCUGGUGUUAUGAGUCGCUCUCGAGCUGCAAUCCUUGAUCCGUGGAGAAUGGCAUCUCUGACUCCUGUAGCAGGCACUGUGCUCUCAGUUACAGACCCCAUUCUUGACAGUUGUCCUUCUCACUGGGUGCUCAAUGGAAAGUCUUGCUAUAAGUUUGUGCGUUCUCCCAGGAAAAAUAGAAAUGCUGCAAGAACACAGUGCCAGGCAUAUGGAGCAGACCUGGUGAGUGUCAGCUCUAAAGAGGAGCAUGGAUGGCUGACCAGGCACUUGCAUGAGACGGAUCCUAUGCAGCGUCGCUGGUAUACUUCAGCCAAGCAGAACACUCCAAACUCUUUUGUUAAUGAAGGUGAUGCAAGUCCAUUUACUGACAUGAUGGAGGCCCUUCUGCCCGACCAACUUGCAAGUCCUAAUCUCAAUUAUCUUGCUUACACAUAUUCCAACUUGCACACUGAGUGGGGGCUGCUGAAGGUUGAUGGAGAAGAGGAGCUGCAAUACAUCUGCGAGGUCCCUCUAAACAUGGUAGGCUGGCUCCAAGAGACGCUCGUGGAGCGCACUUCUGAGUUUGGUGUCAUUGUGAUUGACCCUAAGAAAGUUCCUCACUCUCCUGUCUUCAUAAAGCAGCCCAAGAGUGCCAUGUUUGAUCUUGUCAAAAGGGACCUCAUCAACUAUGUAUCCAUUACAUGUCUUGCCACGGGUUACCCUCACCCCACCUACAAGUGGUACAAGGAAGACUAUGAAGAUAACCUGCUUGUGUCGCGUGAAAUUGAUCCUCUAACGGACCGGCGCUUCACUGUGUCCGGCGGCACCCUUGUCAUCAGCGAGCCUAACUCGAUCAAAGAUCGCGGCUAUUACCACUGCCGCGCAUUCAACAGCUUCGGCAGCAUUACGUCUCAGAGCGUGCAGAUUUCCUUUGCUUACGUCGCCGAGUUUAAUCUGAAGCGAUCGCCUGAACAGGGCAACCAGUUCUGGGGCAAGGCAAUCUUCUGUGACCCGCCUCAGCAUUACCCUGACGUUCUGUACUAUUGGGCGCGCAACUACUUCCCCAACCUGGUGGAGGAGGACUCGCGCACCAUGGUCUCAUAUGACGGCAACUUGUACUUCUCUUAUCUGGACUUCAUAGACCGCGGCCGCUACAGCUGUAACGUCAAGAGCACCGUUUCGGGCGUGGGCAAAAAUGGCCCACUCUUCACUCUUGAGGUCUUGCCUCAUCCUAACUACCAGCAGCUGAAGUUUGCCAACAACUUCCCCAAAGCUUUCCCCGAGUCCCCCAUCCGCGGCCAGGACGUUCGGCUCGAGUGCAUUGCUUUUGGAUACCCGGUACCUUCAUAUAAAUGGUUCCGACGCAACGGCAACCUGCCUCGCGGGGCCCAACUCACCAACUACGACCGCGUUCUGACGCUGCCGUCCGUCGAGCCUGGCGACGUGGGCGAGUAUGUGUGUCAGGCCACCAACGAGAAGCUCUCCAUUGAGGACAGCAUUAACCUCUCCAUCCAAGCCAAGCCGAGCUUCACGAUCCCACUACAUGACCAGUUCAUGGCUGAGGGCGAGGACCUGCUGUGGGAGUGUGAGGCGUUUGGUAUUCCUGACGUAGAGUACGAGUGGCUACGUAACUCUGAGCCCCUCAAUAUCGAGACAAUGUCGCCUCAAGACGCUGAGAGAUACACCAUUACGACGAGUGUACUGCAGAUCAUGAAGGUGCAGGCGAGUGACGAGGCGUCCUACCAGUGCAAGGCCACAAACCAGCUCGGCUCGUCCUAUUCCGCUGCACAGCUCCGUGUCUUCAAGUUGGCCCCAACAUUCAGAAAGCAGCCAGUGGAGACAGAGAAGUAUGCGGCUGAAGGCAUGAACACGACUCUGGAAUGCAACCCUGAGGCUGCACCGCUGCCUGAGUUUGUGUGGCGCAAAAAUGGAAUCAGGAUUGGAUCAGCGGGCCGCACUGAAAUUCUUCGGUCGGGGAUGCUGGUGAUCACGUCCGUGACUCGCGAGGACGCCGGCAACUACACGUGCACGGCCACCAACGCUUACGGCUCUGCAUCCUCUUCUGGGCGCCUUAUUGUCCUCAUACGUCCCGAGUUUUACCGCGCUCCUCCUGAAACAAUCCUAACGUCUGUUCGAGAGAACGUGACUCUGGAGUGUGAAGCGUACACGGACCCUCUGCUGGACAUGGCUUACUACUGGCGCCAGAACGGCCUUAGAAUCCAUACCGACGACGACACCUACCUGCGCAACCUGGCUUACAUGCAGGGAUACGAUUUUGAUUACUACAUCAAGAAACGAUCCAAAACGGCCGAUCCCAGUCUGUACCGUGUGUCGACGACGCGUCGAGUGAGCAACUUGCUCGACUUUGUCAACUUGAGACAACCGCCAUUCGAAAAGGGCUACCGACCCGGCUACCUGCGCAUACCGAACGUGACGCUGUCUGAUGCUGGAGUGUACGAGUGCGUGGCCAAGACACCCGUGGCUACCAUCGCUGUAGAGACCAUCAUCACCGUACACGGUCCGCCUGGACCUCCUGGUGGCGUGACGGCAGUGGAUGUGACGAGUACGACAGCGCGAAUACGCUGGACGGACGGAGCAAGUAACGGCCGCCCCAUCCUGAUGUACAGCAUACAGGGCCGCACGCAGUGGACGCAACAAUGGGUCACGGUUGCCCACAACGUCACAGCUGAGAUCGUAGACAGGCGCAACAACCGCCGUGAGCAUCUGCUCGAUUCCGUGCUGUCGCCGUGGGCCAUCUACACAUUCAGAGUGAAGGCCUACAAUGAACUCGGCUAUGGGGAAUACUCGGCUCUGUCUCCACAGGUAAAUACAAGGACCGACAUUCCCUUCACUGUGCCGAGGAACAUUGGCGGCGGAGGAGGGAAAACUGGUGACCUGACCAUCACUUGGGAGCCCAUGCAUGGAGAGCAUCAGAACGCUCCUAACAUUCGGUAUCGCGUCUUCUGGCGUCGGGUCGGCAGGGACCCUGAACUGCAGUUUAAGAAGCAAGAUCUUCCUGAACGCCACAACCGCGGCAUGUUUGUUGUAUCAGUUGAUCCUGUCAAAUACUUCUACACGGAGUAUGAAGUCAAGAUUCAAGCAUUCAACAGAGAGGGUGCGGGGCCCAUAAGCGAGCCCGUGGUGAUAUUCUCUGCAGAAGACAUGCCCCAGGCGCAGCCUACGGAGGUGGCGGCCUACGCUCACAACGCCACAGCCAUCAACGUCACUUGGGUGCCCAUAGAACCUACGCGCGACAACAUCCGCGGCAAGCUCAUAGGAUACAGGAUCAAAUACUGGCGCAGGAGUGACGACGAGAGCGACAACAUCAUCCGUCUUAACCUGGGUGCUGAGAACUCUGCCACGAUCGUGGGUCUCAUUCCCAACAAUUUUUACUGGGUGCGCGUCAUGGCCUACAAUAGCGCCGGAGCAGGGCCCGAGAGCGAGAGGUUCUUAGAACGAACCUGGCGCUUCCCGCCUCUGACUCCACCGAACGCCGUGGAAGUGUUCCCUGUGAACCCCAGCACCAUCAGAGUGACCUGGCGCGGCAUCACGCCAUCGACUUCAGAGGAACCUCUCACUGGCUAUAAGGUCAAAGUGUGGGAAAGCGACCAGGACUUCACAAAAGCAAACGAGACGUUCUUGCCCAUCGGCAACGAGCUCCAGGUUUACAUCAGCGACCUGACGCCUGGCAAGACCUACAAGCUCAGGGUGAUGGGCUUCAGUCGCGGUGGCGAGGGAAAGAUGAGUUCUCCGCCCUGGGAGUUCCAGAUGGGAGAUCCAGAGCUCCUGAGGGGCCGUUCAGGGCGGACAACCGGCAACGCAAGCGUCAUGCUGACCGCUGCUCUGACACUCAUCCUGUCAGCGCUGCUGCGACGCCAAGACAACUAACACAGCCUCCUCAUCAAAGUGAACGCAUCUAUGCAUUUAAUGAACACAUUCCGCAGCAUUCACUCAUCGUCCAUCCAUUCUAUUUGCGUUAUGUUCAACUUGGACUGGAAUAUUUGUUUGGAUAUUAUUCAUACCAAGUGACUGUUGACUAAUUCACCCACGUUGGCAGUCCCUUCGUCAUGCCCUGAAUUAUCUUGACUUAGAUAGGAAAUAUGUGAUCAGGUUCAUGCUAAACUAGCAGGUUUGAGUAUUUCUCAGUCCAAAUUUAACAUUAGGUUUCAUGCAGGCAUUUUUAAAUGCACCAACAAUGUGCCUUUGACUGGUCCCUGUCAACUAAAUGCGGAUCUUAUUUUCGAUUCUCAUACCUGAACAAAUUUUAAGAAUUUCCAGAGAUUAUUUAUGUUGUUUUUUAAGAUAACUUUGCUCUUUUAUCUUGUGUAAAAAAAUUUGUUUCGUUUCUAUGCAAUUCCAUCCACUUCUUUUCAGAAUUAUCUUCUUGAAGUUUUAUUUGCUGUUCACAGUGAACGCUUCAUUAAUCCGAAUAUUUUAAAUAUUGUUGAAAUUCAUUUAUUUUACAGAGGCAAGGAUUUUCCAUCUUUAACCCGUUGCCACUUCGGGUUCACGUGCAAUUCGAAUUUUUGAAAGUCGUUCAUUUGUUACCUUCUCUUCCAUUAAUUAUGAAAUAAUUGCUCGUAAUCUCUAACUAUUUACUCCCGAGUCCGUGGGUUGCAUGUGGAAUUCAGAGUGUCAAGACUGACGAGGAGUGUUGCAAAUUUGCAUGCAUUAUGCACCAUCUUCGCGGGUAGUUACUACGUUCGAUCCUGCUGCGAAGGGGCGUUGUGAAACACAUCGCGCUUCUCUUUUAUUAACUCAAUGCAAAAUGGCAUUAAAUUUUUUGUCUUGGUGCACGUGAGUUCUUGUAAUCCAAGUCGCAAAACUGAAUACAAACGACGUGCUAAUAAUGAAUGUUAUCUUAAUAUAUUUAAGUGAGGAUACUUAACUUUAGUGAUGCGAAACAUACAGAUAAAUAGUUUUUAUUAAUUAGCACGAGGUUGACUUGUUCUGGUACAUCGAAAAAACUUUAAAUGAUAUGCCACUAACAUUAAGCAAAUUGAAUUGUGGAAGCUAUGCAGAAAAUGACUAAUUGUGAAGAUCAAGCAAAGAUAUUGAAGUAUUCGUCAUUUGAAUCUCAUGUUCACAAAUGUAACUCUGUAAUGUUUGAUAUUAGUUAACUUGAGCUUGAACAUUUUACCAUAAAGACGUAUCUGGUAAGCGAGGUUUAAAGGACGUUGGCGGACAUUGUUUAGACCUCUAAUCCGUCCUCCAUCCUAGUUCCAUUUGUGGAGUUCAUUCGUCCAUAAAUACAAUCAAAUUUGUACGUGCGUCUCUUCCGAGUUUGUGCACAAGUUCUUAGUAUUAAAUAUCGGAGAGCGAGAUCUGUUCCGUGCUGAAAUGUGUAUUUUCUACUGUAGAGAUCUGUAGCAGCAUGCAUCGUACGUUAUGAUCUAAUUUUUAAGAUGAACCUUAUGUAUCUCUGUUAAUGGUGUAGCGUUCAACGAAUCCGUCCUGAAAGAUCUUCCAAUAAUCUUUAAGGUAUUUAGUUAAGGUCGAGUAAGAGCGUAAGAACAUGGUUACCUUGCAAUAAAGUAGGCUAGACCGACGGCUAGAGUGCAAAUCGAUGAAAUCUAUUGAACAGUUUAUGUCAAAAUUUGUGGAUAAUUUUCAAUGAUAAUUUUUUCUUCAGAAUAAUUGUGUAAUUACAAGGAUUUGAGUGCAUAGCAAUAUCUAUUGAAUUAAAUGCAACUUUGGG